UGGCUUCGGCUGCGCGCGCUAAUGCAGUCGGCCGUCAACCGGCCGUCGCGAGGCUGCUUUUCUCUUUCUUUUUCUCUCUCUCCUCGGGUGAAUUUCGCCGAAUUCGAGAUCCAGCUGGAGCCGAGCCAAGCGCUGAGAUAUGGAAGGUGGCUGAGAGAGCUGCGCAGUUAAGAAAGUGCGAGGAAUGAAAUGCUUGUGCAAAUCAGCCGACUGAUCGGCGGCUCGGGAUAUUGGAAAGGGACGCGUUCUGUGCUCCGCUGUGCCCAAGUGCCAGAUAUCAGCUGCUGUCCGCUUCUCGUAUAAUACACGACUCCGAGGCCUUUUUUUCGGCUAAAUUUUAUGUAUACACACGAAGGCUCUCGUUCGUAUAAAUGCAAAUGCUGAACUUGAUUGAAGUCGCCGCGAUGUGUAUCUGCGAGGAAAAGUCGAUACUCUUGUGCCUCUGCGAAAUCUAGGUCGGAAUCAUUACGUAACGCGUCUCUCGUUCGUCGAAUAGACAAAGCGCCCAUAUCUCCGCGCGAAGAUCCCUUGAUCAGGACCUAUACGGUAGAUGAAGGAGAAAAGGUGAUAGUGGUGCAGGUAACAUGACUAAAGGUAUCGUGCGCUGAAACGAAGUGGGCAAAGCUGUACGGGGAUGACCGACGAGGGGCGGAGCUGCCUCGUUCCCCUGGAUAUCGACUAAACAAGCGCGGCUGCAGCUGCGAGCCUCCUCUCGUUGCUGGAUUUUGAGCAUAAGUGAUUGGCUCGCUCGUAAGGAUGAAGAGGAAACACGUCGGUGUUUUUCUACUCCUGCUGGUCCAGCUUCUCGCUGGGGAUGUAUUCGGCAUGGAGAACCUCGUCUGCUUCAAGAAUCACUCGGUGCUGGAGAUGUCCGGUGACGCCGUGCUUUCCGUGUUUAUAGACACGGACUACGGGCCGGAAUGCAACAUUUCAUCGCCGAAAAGUAUUCAAGAAGUGGCGAGCGCUCUGUUCGUCGCGCAGACUCUGAAUAAACUCGAGUACGUGCCCGGAGUAACGAUGGGUCUGCGGCUCUACGACACGUGCAACGAUCGGAUCUCGGUGUACAAGCAAGCUCUCGUCUCCGCCGUCGAGAUGGACUGUUCAGCCCACUAUGAUCUGGGCAUACUGGCACCGGAGCGUUACAUCGAGGUCCUCGAGCCUCUGCGCAGUUUGGACAUCCUCCCGGUGAACACCUACCCAUCGCCCAACCUGACCCUACCGCUGAUCGACGUUCUCGUCGACUUCCUCAGUGUCUAUCACGUGAACGUCGACCUGCUACUCAGCGGCUCGCGUUCGGUGCUGGAUCGAUUCCUCAAUACCAGCAAGGAGGCAGGCAUCUGUGUGAAGAGCGACAAGGAGCUCGAACCCGACGGCAACGGCACCGACCUCGUCAUCGUGGCUCUCGGAGAUUACGAGGACGUGAGCGGAUGGCUGGACGACCAGCAGGAUUUCGGCGACGAGGAAGACAAGCGGAUCUGGAUCGUUCUGCCACUCGAUAAUUCCAACGUCGAUGAAUUACUACCGGAAGGUUCGUACGUGAUAAAACCUGAACAGUUCGUGGUCGACCUGGGAGACGACCUAGAGACACCUGACCUGUCUCAGGUGCCGGUGAACGCAAUCCUUCGAUCGCCUCACUUGCUUAGCAUUGGUAAGGCCAUAGUGGAGAUAGCGAAAGUGUUGCAAGAGCUGCAGCAGAAGAGUUGCCCCUUCGGUUCUGCGGGCUGUGUGCUACCGCGCUUCGAAUCAGAGGAGCGACGAUUGAUGAGCAACGCCGACCUAUACGAGACCCUUCAUGUACCCGCCAAAUCCCACUCGACGAGGUACGUGGUGAACCGUAAAGUAGAGGGCGAACUGGCGGAGAUAAGCGCCUACAAAAUCGAUGCGACGAGUGCACGUUUCCGCGUCAUCGCCGAGAAGGAGUUGCCCAAACAGCCCAAGCUCUGCGUCAAGAAGCUCGUGAAGAACUGCUGGAAGUGCAUCAACUUCCAAGUGCAGGAGCACAGUGACGACGACGACGAAACGGACAUCUCCGAACUGGGCACCCUGAAAUCAUACGUCUGGGUACCGAUCUUUCUGACGAUACUCUGCUGCGGUACUCUGGCCUGCAUCGUUGUUUUGGUCUUCAUCGUCUAUCGAUACUUCGUGGAGGAUCUGCUCGACGGUAACCCAGCGUUGACGAUAGUGUUGAUUCUGGCGACGAUGAUGAUGCUCCAGAGCAUCAUUCCUUUCUGCCUGGAAGACAAGGUUAUGGGCGAGGAGCACCUCAAUUCGAGGAAGAUCUUCGUGUCGUCGUUGUCGUUUGGAUUGGCGUUUUCCGUGAUGCUGACCAGAGCACUGUUCUUGGCGUUCUCAACCGGUGGUGUGUUUUCGUCGCAACACAUCAACGGAUACCUUCAGGGGUUCAUGCUGUUCUUCAUGGCUGGCGUCGAGAUCGCCAUCUCCACGAUGUACUUCACUCUCAGCAGCGAUAACUCUGCCAAAGUCAUGCGCAGUCCUAUUUACAUCGCUCUUUUGAGCUACGACAUCUUCCUCCUGAUACUGCUGUUCAUCGUCUGCUGCUUCAUAGUUCAAAUUCAGCGCAACUACCGCGAGGGCAUAUGCUUCUUCAGUACAGCGAUAGGUCUGCUGAUCUGCUGGGCAGUUUGGCUCACCUGUUUCUUCCUCAUGUCCGUUGACAAGCGUGACCUCAUCGUCUGCUACGGUAUCCUAGGCACAGCUUGUCUGAUAAUCGUCGGGAUCCUGGUGCCCAGGACCUACUUCAUGUGUUCCCACUUCACGAGGGAAAAGGACCUAGUGGGCAGGUUCGAGCCAACGGAUCUGGGACCAGAUCCUAGGAUGAACAACACUGCCAGACAGGCGUUGGAUUUACAGUCCCGGCAGCCGUUCUACGAGUACGUGAGCAGCAGUGCCGAAGGCGUCGUCCAGCAGCAGCAGAUGCCACAGGCCAAUUACUACGGAAGCGCGAGCCCGAAUAACGGCUGCACAGGGGGCAGGUACGCGUUGCGGCAUCGCAGUCCAGAACCGAGACGUACGCCCGGCUACAACAAUUACGGAUUCCGACCGGAAAUGAGGGAGCUGGAGGCCGCUUACGUCAUCCCGCGACUCUACGUCGAGGAUUCGGACGUCAGCGGAUCGCAUCAGCAGCAUCAGCAUCAGUCGGCGGUGAAAAGCGCUUUGAGUACGAUUCCGGCUACCGAGGCUCGUUACGCCCUUCCGAGGUCCUUGCUGCGCAACAAGGCUCGGGGCAAGCAGGCCCGAGACAGUCGCCAGCGCGACCUGGACAACAACAGCUGCGUCGAGACGGAGGUCUACGUCCAGGAUCGGCUCUCGCCUACUCCCCAAGGGCCUAACGAACAUUACCCGAGGCGCAGCAGCAGCCCCAAGUUGACGCCUACUCAUGCGACUAUAAGGGAGGAGGACGAGGCUUUCGCGAGGAUCACCCGGUUUUGAGGACGUUUGGGAAGUAUUAGCUGCGCCGCCGGGGGGAUGUCUGUAAUUUGUUUCGUAUAUAACUUGGAUGAACUGAAUGUUACAUGUCGUCGACGUUUUUCGAUAUGGACGGUAUCCUCUUUAGAGUAUGUAGCGAGUGAAUUGGAGAAAUUUUUCAAAACAGCGAAUUACAGUAUAGCUAUACACUGUUAGGAAAGUAAAAAGACUUGCUGUAGAUGUUGAUCAUUUUUACGUUGACUUAAUCAAAUGUUUAUCGUUUAGGAUAUGGGACUCUAUACACCUGAUCCUUUUUUACCUUAUUCGAAUCCAAUCAUUUACUUACAUGUUUGAGAAUAAAAAUCUCGUUUGCCAAAUUGUAACAAUCAAAACCAGUAGUGUACAUAGUGUAUAUACAAGAGCAAAACCAACAACGUAUACGUAUCCGGGACCUCCAUAAAGCUGAAAACAGUCAACGAUUCGAUUGCCAUAUCGGUAUAUACGCCGUAAAACGAAAAAGUAAAAUACUGCCAUGUGUAUUGUGGUCAAUAAAUCAAUCCUUCGUUUGAUA